CCCAUAGACAGCCCCGCCCCCAGCCAGUCCUGACAGGACCCCUCUCCCAUAGACAGUCGCAACACGGCCCCUCCCCCCCUAAACAGCCCUGCCCCCAGCCCAUUGUGACACGGCCCCUCCCCCCCAGACAGCCCUGCCCCCAGCCCAUUGUGACACGGCCCCUCCCCCUUAGACAAGCCCACACCUCUCAGCGCCAGAAAGCUCCACCCCCCUCCCAGCUCCACUCCCACCCAGACCCCCUCCAUAGGCCACUGUACCCCUGAGUGCUAGAAAGCCCUACCCCAUAGAUAGCUCUGCUCCUCAGCACUAGACAGUUCCAGCCCCCCCCAACUCCAGUCCCCUCCACCCCACACACCCCCUAGCACUGGACCACCCCAGUCUCUUCACUCCCACUGCCCUGGGCAGCUCCAGCUCCUCCCACGCUCCAGACCCCUGCACCCUAACUUAGAUUGCACCAGGCCCCUUCCACUUCCUAGGCCUGCCCAGUACCUGCUUUUGCCCUCUCGGGACCCCUAGCCUCUUAGCCUCAGCUUCACCCCCCCUCCACCAUUUCCUUGCUGUAAGGUGCUAGGCACCUUACGGCCCUGGGUAUUACCCUCUGCCCACUUCAGUUGCCCACCUACAACCCCAGCUCCUUGCCCUUCUGCACUUCUAGGCAGCUACCAGAGACUUCCUGGGAGGAAGCGGAGGCCAGGCCUGCCACAUGGACACAGAUGCACUGAGCAGUCCUUGGGACAGUUCUCGUUCUUCUUCCAGUUGUGAGGAGGAGCCAUAUGGAGGGCUAGCAGUGUCAAAACUCUUGGCUGGUGCUACCAAGUCCUCGUGCAGUCAGGAAGAGGAGGGACGUAAGAAGCAGCAGAGCCAUCAAGGGAAAGGAGCAGGAGUUCCACAGCAGGAUGGUUCCUGGAUGAAUAUUGCUUACACCCACUCACAAGUGUCCAGAGCCUCUGCUGAGCGGGAGAACCAUCUUCAGGCACCAAGGAAAAAGGUGGAAAGCAGGAGAGUGGACCAGAAGAACCCUCCGUUUGAGGACUUUAAGGGAAUUCCGAUAGAUCAAGACCCCAAAGAUGCUAAAUCUCAUCAACGUUCCGUGAAGAAUCAGAGAGCCUUUGUUUACCAGCCCAGCUCAACAGAACAUGCUCAAGGAGAUCCACCGCCAUUGGCCAAGCUGGCCGUAGCACCAGCUGAAAAAAGAGAGCAGUGCGACAGCUCAGAGGCUCCGUCUGAGAUCAAAAGUCCGAGGCGGAUGCAGCCCCUUACCAAGAGCACACAAACUGAAGAGCUUCGGCUGGAGCGCGGCAAGCCCUACGGCCCCGCGACCCCGGCCGGAGCGCGCCAAGCCCCACGCCCCUGCUCUCCUGGCUGGAGUGCAGCAGCCCCGCUCUCCUGGCCAGAGCUUCAGCUGGAACGCGGCAGCCCCGUGGCCCUGCUCUCUCUGCUGGAGCUUCGCCCAGAGCGCGGCAGCCCCACGGCCCCUUGA